CUGGAAGCCCCUCCCCUUGGGCCACCACCGCCGGGGAUGCUGGGAGGCGGAGUCCUCCGGAGCCACUGACAGACGGACUGACAGACUGACCCAGAGAGAGAGAGAGAGAGGGACUCUUAUCUGCGGGGAACAGACCUAAGGAGCGGCGGCUCAGUGGAACUGGAGCAGGAGGAGCAGGAGGAGCGGAGGCCUCUUCUUCCCUUGGGGUGGCCUUGGUGGUGGUGGCGCCAUGUCGUCGGCGGGAUCAGGGUCGGGGCCGGGCUGUGGGGCGGGGGCGGCGCCGGCCUCCUCUGCGGCCGAGAGCGAGGACGAGAGCGAGGUGCUGGAGGAGAGCCCCUGCGGGAGGUGGCAGAAGCGCAAGGAACAGGUGAACCAGGGCAACAUGCCGGGGCUGCAGAGCACCUUCCUGGCCAUGGACACGGAGGAGGGGGUGGAGGUGGUCUGGAACGAGCUGCUCUUCACCGACAAGAAGGCCUUCAAGGCCCACGAGGAGAAGAUCAAGACCACCUUUGAGCAGCUGGUGGUGGUAGACCACCCCAAUAUCGUCAAGGUGCACAAAUACUGGCUGGACGUCCAGGAGACCAAAGCCCAGGUGAUCUUCAUCACGGAGUACGUCUCCUCCGGGAGCCUCAAGCAGUUCCUGAAGAAGACCAAGAAGAACCACAAGGCUAUGAAUGCCCGGGCUUGGAAGCGCUGGUGCACCCAGAUCCUCUCCGCUCUCAGCUACCUGCACUCCUGCGACCCCCCCAUCAUCCACGGCAACCUCACCAGCGACACCAUCUUCAUCCAGCACAACGGGCUCAUCAAAAUUGGGUCAGUGUGGCACCGGGUCUUUGCAAAGGCCAUCCCCCCGGAGCUCCGGAGCCCCGUCCGCACAGAGCGGGAAGAGCAGCGCAACCUGCACUUCUUUCCCCCGGAGUACGGACGUGCAGCGGACGGGACGGCUGUAGACAUCUUCUCCUUUGGGAUGUGUGCCUUGGAGAUGGCAGUCCUGGAGAUUCAGUCCAAUGGGGACGCCUGCGUGACCAAGGAGGCCAUUGAGCAAGCCAGCUACUCCCUGGAUGACCCCAACAUGCAGGAGUUUGUCCUGGGCUGCCUCCUGCUGAACCCGGAAAAGCGUCCGACGGCCCACAACCUGCUCUUCCACCGCGUCCUCUUUGAGGUCCACUCCCUGAAGCUCCUGGCCGCCCACUGUUUCAUCAGCAACCAGUACCUCUGGCCCGAGAAUGUGGUGGAGGAGAAGACCAAGGAGCUGGACCUGAGCAUCGUGAUGGCUGAGAUACAGCGCCGGCACCGGCCCCCGGUCCAGUGGAGGUACUCUGAGGUCUCCUUCCUGGAGCUGGACAAAUUCCUGGAGGACGUGAGGAAUGGCAUCUACCCUUUGAUGAACUUUGCCACCAGCCGGCCCCACUCUCUGCCCCGCUCCACCUCCCAGCCCUAUGAGGACCCCCAGAAGGCCAAGACCCCCACGCCGGAGCCCUUUGACGUGGAGACAAGGAAGGUGGUGCAGAUGCAGUGCAGCAUGGAAUGGAGUGAGGAGAAGAGGCAGUGGCACCUCACACUCCUCCUGGUCCUGGAGGACAAGCUCCACCGCCAGCUCAGCUACGACCUACUGCCCAACGACAGCCCCAGGGACCUGGCCGCAGAUCUGGUGCACUAUGGCUUCAUCAGCCAGGAUGACUGCGAGAAGCUGGCCUUGUUCCUGGAGAACUCCUUCCACAAGCACCAGUCUCCCCCCUCCUGAAGGAACCCUGGGGGCAGGCCGUGGGGAGGGGCUCCGAACUGCUGGCCCUUAAGGAGACCCCAGCCACCCCCGCCGGCCCCCGGCCUCCUCCCUCUGCGCUGACUGGAAGGUGAAGAUGCCCCAAGAUGGCUCUCCUGUGCUGGGACCCAUUGAGGAAGACCGGUGCUGGCCGGAGGGGGGAGCCGUGGACACAAGGCGGCAGGAGAGGGGCUUCUAUGGGGACAUUCCCCCCUCAGAAGGACAGAAAGGGAGGAAGGGGCCGUCGUCCACGGAGGGGGUGCCCUGCUGGGAAAGGAAGAGCUCCAGGAGCAUCACGAGGAGCCAGGCAGGGGAAGAAGAGGCUCAGAGGUGCAGCCCAGAAGGAACGGGGCCAAGAGGAAGGAGGCCCUGCCCUUUGCCCUUGCUGGAGGAAGGGGGCAGGAAGUGGCUGAGGGGCUGGCCACGAUGGGCUGAGUGCCCCCUCAAUGGAACAGGAGUCGCUUCCGAAGCUGUGAUGUGCUGCCACUGCCUUGGUUGUGCUGCUUGUGUGUGGCAUGGGUGCCUGUGCGUGUACGUUCACUGCUGCCAGUGCUGCUGCUUGGAGGGGGGCUUGCUGCCCCUUUGAAGCCUGCGGCGAUUGCUGCUUGUCCCCGCUGAGCUGCAGACCUAUUUGGCCUGAUGCUGCUGCUUGUGCCAAAGUCCUCCUCCUGCUGCUGCCGCCGUGCUGUGUGCCUGUGCCUCAGUUGGCCGCUGGCGAAGAGCGACCCAUCCAACAAAUAUAUUAAAAUGUUGGGACUUGC